CAAACCAUUGUCUGGAAUACAUUUCAAGUAGAAUUUCACGAUGAAGACUGGCUUUGUCCCCACAUGUUCGCUAUAAAGCCGGCAAAUGUAGAGCUGUCAAGGCAGUUAUUUCUGGCAAUUGGCUGCUUUUUCAUUGCUAGUGCGUAAGCCGUGUUUUGUUUAGCCCUAAAAUGAUUGGAAAGCUUACCUGCUACUCUUCGUGACUUCGUGACAACAUUUACACAUGUAGAGAACUUACGAAUGUCAUGAGGUUUAGUAGAAAGCCCGUGAAAAAUCACUCUUGCAUCGAAAUUCGAAAGGUACCAGUCAGUGUUAACUAAAUAAAGCACACGUAGAUCUAUAAAAGUGCACUGUUUCUUUUUUCAUCUAUUACUUUCUUAUCAGAUUAGCUCACCGUAAAUGCGUAUUUUUUUAUGAUUUCAGAGUGUUUGCAGGCGAUAAUAAGUUCUCUUACAAGCAGUAAAUUUUACCGCUUAACCCCUGAUAAGGCGAACCCUGCAGCAUCCUAACCACCAUCCUCCUCAAUGCCUCCUCCUAUUUCAAUGUUUCAAUCACUUACAAUAAUUAUAGCUGCCCUAGAAAUAGGUAGCUGGGAAAAUAUUGAUCCGAAAGACUGAAACUACCACUGCAAACUGUUUAUGGCCAAGCUAGCCAGCACUACUGCUCUUAUUGAUAGAAGUACAAAGUAAUCUAGCCUCAAGUGCAGACGCCCUUCCAACUUGUUACACGUGAGAAAGAUCACAUGAGAAGUCCAAACGACAUCUGUAUUGGAGACUUACGACAAUUCUUACCAAUAGGCUAUAUGGCGCAAUAGAGUUGUGUUAAUAUUGCAGAUGAGAAUAAUACCAUUGUCUUGAGAUUUUCAUACUACAGUAGUUGCCCAAGCAUUACUACAUGAUCUUAUCUAUUAAACUACAGAACCAUUUUCUUUAAUAUUUCCAGAUUUAUAUUAAUUAAUAGGAGUUCACUUCAUGUCAUGUCACUUCACUUCAUUGUCAUUGUGUCAGUUGUUAUCAAUUGACUUCUUUCUGCAUCGGACUACCACCUUUUAAAAUAAAAUCCUGCAUUUAUGAACGUCUAAUUAAGUCAGCCAUGUCAGUAUACUAUUUUGACCCAAAGAAAUUAAAUCUACAUGUAAGCCUUUCAUUUUAAUUUUGAACAUACCUUCAAUAUGAACCCACCAUUUGUUAGCCAGAAUUUAGUAACGGAAAACAGUGUCAUGACCAGCAACUGUAGUUCAUUACAAAUUUGACAUUCUUCUUACAGGUUUGUUUUAAGUGGUAGAGCAUGGGAUCACGAAGACCUCAAAGACAUCCAAUCUUUGUACGGUUUAACUCCAACAUAAACAUACCAGUACACAUAGAUCUGCAAUGGAACGUAGCAAGGUUAAAGGAAGAAAUAGCUGCACAACAAGGAGUAGAUCCCACAGAAAUACGAAUUAUUUUUGCUGGGCGAGAACUUAAGGAUGAGCUCAAACUAAAGGAUGCCGAGAUCCCUAACCAAAGUGUUGUCCAUGCUGUUCGUGGUGGUCGUUGGUCAGCAAGACCAGGAAAGGGUAAGACAACACCAUUGAGUCAAGUCAAACUUGCUACUGUUGGAGAAGAACAGGAAGAUGCAGGUGCAGCUGCUGCAGCGUCUCCACAGCGACAGGCUCAAUAUUAUGUCUAUUGCAAGACUUGUAAAACAGUGACUCCAGGAAAGUUGAGGGUCUGUUGUUCAAUUUGCAAAGAAGGAGCGAUUGUUCUUCAGCAGGACCCCAGUAGGUGGGAUGAUGUAUUGACAUCUGGAAGAAUGAGAGGCUCAUGUAAAACCUCAGGAUGUGAUGGAGACAAAGCAGAGUUUUACUUUAAAUGUGCAAUGCAUCCUGCUGCUGAAGGUGACAGAUGUGUUGCACUUAAUUUGAUGCGUUCAAACACCAGAGAUAUCCCUUGCUUAGCCUGCACAGAUGUCAAAGAUCCUGUUCUGGUUUUUCCAUGUGCUGAUGGACAUGCCGUGUGCUUGGACUGCUUCGAAGUCUACUGCACAACAAAACUUAACGACCGACAGUUUGUGCACAGUGACUCUUACGGGUACACUCUUCCGUGCCCUGGAAGCUCAGGUAGCUGCAACAGUGCCCUUAUUUCAGAGGCGCAUCAUUUUCGUGUGCUCAGUGAGGAUCAGUAUCAGCGAUAUCACAGGUUUGGAACGGAGGAGUUUGUUUUGAAGAAUGGCGGUGUGUUGUGCCCAGGCCGUGGCUGCGGAAUGGGUCUGUUACCAGAACCAGGCAUGCGCUCUGUGAAGUGUGAUGGAUGCAAGCUGGAGUUCUGUAAAGAAUGCAAGGAGCCCUUCAGACGAGGUCACGAGUGUCAUCAGAACCAGUCAAACCGGACGACUGCUGCUCGACUCAGCAACUAUCGAGUGAACGCGGAAAACGCCAGACGAGCGCGGUGGGAGGCUGAGGCGAAACAGGUGAUUGAGCAGAUCAGUAAGAAGUGUCCCGGAUGUAACACAAACACAGAGAAAAAUGGUGGAUGUAAUCACAUGACCUGUUCGCGGUGUAAAUUUGAAUGGUGUUGGAUUUGCCUCAUUCAUUGGAACCCGGAGUGCCAGGGCUCUCAUUGGUUCUUACAGCGCUAGUGCGGUUCAUCUCGUCGCUCUGUCUCAUGUUCGUGACCACUGUUAGUUUAGACAUGCGAUGACGACAUUCAUGUGGGUCGUCACUUAA